AGUUUGCUGCAGAAGAAGCUGCUGGACAAAUGGCUGCUGCCUCCUGACGCAGGCCUGGGCAGCUGCGGUGAUGACGUCACCAUCACCAACUUCCUGCCGCUCAUGCCGGGCGCUCAGGCCCACGAGUCUGAUGACGCGUCGCUUGCUAGGGCCAUGUACCUGGUACGCGGCUGCUGCCCUGAUACCAUCAUCCCGUACCUACUGGAGCAGACUGAGUGCACUGAGCAGCGGUACUCAGCAGCGUACAGACUGAGAGCUCUGCAGUGUCUCGUCGCCCUCACUGACUGCCCUCAACUGCACUCCUACGUCGCCCCCGACACUCUGCAGCGACACUUGGACGAGCUGACGCAGGCGGUUCGUCUGGAGGGUCUGGGCAUCGUCUGUGGUGCUGAGCUGGGGCCGCAAGACGUGCAGGCGCUCACUGAACAGCUGUGGCGGGACCACAGACACUCGCCUGCUGCUCUCCUGCUCAUGGCUGACGUGUGUCUGCGGUACAAGGAGCUGAAGGCCUCGCUAUGGAAUGCUGUGCUGCUGCAGCUCGCCGCCUGCCUGGACGCCGGUGCUGUGGAGGAGGCAGCUGUGCGGUCCCUGCUGCUGCGCCUGCGUCUGCACCCGCAGCUGUGGCUGGUGCAGGGCUUUACAGCUGCCUGGACGGCCAUCGUGUCGCGCCCCUUCAAGACGCUGACAGCCCCGGUGUCGGAGGCGGGCAUGCGUCGCUGUGUUGACGCGGCGUCGCUGCUGUCGCUGUGCCCCGUCACGCUGCCCUCCACCCCCGCCCUCGUGCCCCUCCUCCCCCCCCUCAACCUCCACGCCCUCGCCAUCACCCUCGCCGCCGCCCACCCUCACACCCGCUCCCUCAUGCAGGAGCUGCUAGACGCUGCGCCGCAGGAGGCGCUGAAGGAGCAGCUGCAGGCGCUGGCCGCGCACGCGCCGCUGCCGCGCCUUGUGCAGAAGUUGCUCGACGCCAACGGCAUCACGUUAACGAGCGGUGACGCAGCGUGACGAGAAGACGCAGCGAGCAAGAACUUGUCGUGUCAAGAAAGGAAGUUAAUCGAUUGUCACCAGUGGAUUUUGUUUUUUUCCUCCGUUUUGUUGAACAAAGGAAUCUUUACGAGUAAUCUUCUAAAACCCAUUGGAAACUUUAAUUUUAAGAGACAUUGUAACCAGCCUUUAAAAAUUUUGAUG